AUGAAUAAACUUCAUCACGUUUGGGCUGCAGAAGAUGCAGCAGUAGGGGUGGAAAUAAUGCCCGCAGCGCCAGCAGCAACAGCAGCAGCAACAGCAGUAGGCACCGAGGCAACAGCUGGAGGUGUGGUAAGAGCAGCAGCAACAAUAACAACAGAAAAUUCCAUAUCAGCAAACCCUAGAAACGAGGUGUCUGUGUUGGCUGGCUGCCUUUGGCACCCUGCUGCCGCGGCGACUGCUGCUGCCGUGGAUCUGCAACCCUCGCUGCUCCUUUCCUGCUUGGAGGCCCCCGAGAAGGUGUCCAUACACUUUAAAGACACAGUUCAUCCGGUAUUGCUUCCACAGCAGCAGCACCACAAGCAACAACAACAGCAGCAACAACAGCAAGAGCAGCAGCAACAGCAACAGCAACGGCAACUACAGCAAGAAUGGGAAUUCAGGGGGUACCCCAUGCAGCACUUGCUGCUCAGGGUUCGGGGGAUAGUGACCCGUCAGCAGUCCCUUGGCCGUCGUCUUUGCUUCUUUGAUAUAAUGCCGCAACAAGCAAUAGCAGCAGCAGCUGAAGCAGCAGCAGCAACAAGAGGAACCGCAACAACAAGGACUGCAUCCAGAGAAGCAGCAGCAGCCUCAUCAGGUGGCGAUGCCUCAGCAAAGCAGAAUGCAAUAGCAACAACAGCUGCAGCAACAGGAGCAGCAACAACAACAGGAGUAGCAGCAGGCUCUCCGACAACAGCGGCAGCAACACCAACCGAAACCCCGACGACACCACCAUCGCCAACAGCAGCAGCAGAAACAGCGGCCGCAGAGACAAGUAUUGCCCUUUGCUGCAGCGUAUCUUCCCCUGAUGUGGGUGGGCUGGAUGUACACCGCAGCAUUUUGAGGCGACUUCGUUCGGGGGAUUCUGUCGAGGCUGUAGGAGUGCUGGAAAGAAAGGGGGAGCUGCAGCAGCUGCAGCAACUGGCGAGCAAGUUUCGAGAACGCCUUACACCGUUUGCUGCGGAGACAGCCCUGCAGGAGGCGAUGCGAAUGGUGGGUUUCAAAGUGUUGGCACUCCGGGCCUCCAGGCCUGCAGCAGCAGAAAAAGCUGCAGCUGCAGCAGAGGCAGCAGCAGCAGCAGCCACUGCCGCCCUAGAGAAGGCGCAGCGCAUCCCUUUGCUACACGGCAGACCCCGUGCUGCUCUCUCCUCUCUACAGCCUCCAGCAGACGCCGCAGCAGAGCAAGGAAACUCAUCGACAGCAGCACCAGAAGCAGCAGCAGCAGCGGCAGCAGCAGUGGAACUCUCCAGGGUGUGCAAGAUGUAUUUACUCGUUGGCAGCUGUGCACGAGCCAGCUGUCCCCUCCUGCACGUGAGAGACGGAAGGCUGAGGAGACAAUUCGACCUGCUGAAGGCUCAGAGGCAGGUUCGGCGGGUGCAACAGCAGCUGCUGCAGGUACACUCGCAGCAGCAGCAACUUCUCCUGCAUGAGCUGCUGCCCCUGCAGCCUCCCCCGGGGCUACUUAGGGGGACCUUUUCCGCCCUUACCCUCCAGGAGCAGCAGCAGCAGCAGCAGCAGCAGCAACGGGUGUACCCUAGAAGCCUGCGGGGCGCAGUGUUUGGAGAGUGGCUCGUAAAGACGUACGGAGUCGAACGCCUGAGGCAGGGUAGUGGAGUUGUAGAAGUCGGGGGGGGCCGAGGAGAACUGGCGUUUGAAUUGGCAGUCAAAUACCAAAUCCCGACAACCAUCAUUGAUCCUAGGUGCACGUACACCACGAAAAGCGAAGAAGCGCAGCCCCUCCAUGCCCGCAUACAGUGGGAGCCGCAGCAGCGGCAGAGACACUCGGGAACCGCUGCAGCCUCCGCAGCAGCUGAUGCAGGAUAUGCAAGCGAGGAGACUGUUACUGCUGUCCCCUCUCCAAGACCGGCGAUGAGCUCAGCUAUGAAGAGCUGCAGCAGAAGCUCUUUCGAGUGUCCCUUGCGUCUGAACAGGAGACAGGCUGCGUGGCUGCUGCAGCACAAGGGCUUGCGAGGCAAAGAGGCAGAGGCCUUUUUUCGGGGAUCGGUGGAGACGAUCCCAGCUUUGUUUAAUGCCGACCUCUUGAGAGACAGCCUCUAUGUACAAACAAAACUCCUUACUGCUUCAGCCCUCGUGGGCCUGCACCCUGAUGAAGCUGCAGGAGAUAUUGUGGAUGUUGGCCUCGCCGUACACCAAUGCAGACGCAACAACAGCAGCAACAACAGCAACAGCAGCGACAACCAUAGUAACAACAACAGCAACAACAGCAGCGGCUGCGGCGACAGCAACACAAACGAUGGCAGCUACACCGACACCAACGACAACAGGAACAACAACGGCACCAGCAGCGGAAGCAGCAUCAGCACCAACGACAGCAGCAACAGCAGCAGCAACAACAGGGACAUUCGCUCUGCUGGUGAGCCCAACAAGGCAUACGAGCAGCGGGGCAAGCAGUCACAGCAGCAGCAGGCAGCAGCAUCAGCAGCAGAGUUGCCGGACUUGGCUCUUGCAGUUGUCCCCUGCUGCGUCUUCUCGGAGAUGUUUCCUCACCGUCGAGUACCUCAUGCUGCAGCAGAAGCAGCAGCAAUUUUUCCAUCCGCCGCUGCGGCAGCAGCUGCUGCUGUUGCUGCGCCUGAGGUUCCCACUCCACCAAGCCCCUCAUCUGCUGCAGCCGCUGCUGCAGUUGCUGCCUCUGCCAAUCCGCCUGCUGCUGCCCUUUUAAAGGUCACUGCAGCAGCUUGUGGGCCAUCGCUGCACCAGCAGUUGCUGCAGCAGCAGAUGACCUCUGAUGCUGUUUCAGUCUCCCCUCCAGGGGGUACUCCCGGGUGUGUACGUCUAAAGGAAGCUUAUGGAAAUGUGUCUCCUGUGGCUCUGCAGAGUGCGGAGGGGCCCACUGGGGGCCCUACUGGGGCCCCUGCAGGGGCCCCUCUUUUUACUGUAGAUGCAAAGGGUGACGGAACUACAACAGUGCGAACGUAUGAAGAGCUGCUGCUUUGGUUGCACCUCAGAGACCCGCAACGACGCUUGCAGCAGCAGACGCUCCCUAUGGUAGGGAAGAACCAGGUUAUCUUUCUGCCUCCUUAG